CAGUAGCGACUCUGCAAAUUUCUCUCUCUUGAAUUUGCUAAGGUUAGGGUUUGAACUUUGAAGAGCAGAAAGGAACAAACAGAUUCGCUUUCAUGGCAGCCACGGAUUCGGUUCAGUGCUUUGGGCGCAAAAAAACUGCUGUUGCAGUAACCCACUGCAAGCGUGGCAGGGGCCUCAUCAAGAUUAAUGGCUGCCCCAUUGAGCUCGUUGAGCCGGAGAUUCUCCGUUACAAAGCAUACGAGCCAGUCCUAUUGCUAGGUCGUCAGCGCUUCGCAGGAGUCGACAUGAGGAUUAGGGUACGUGGGGGUGGUCACACCUCGCAGAUCUACGCGAUCCGCCAGAGUAUCGCCAAGGCCCUUGUUGCAUACUAUCAGAAAUACGUGGAUGAGCAGGCGAAGAAGGAAAUCAAGGAUAUCCUUAUCAGGUACGAUAGGACCCUCCUUGUUGCUGACCCGAGGCGCUGCGAGCCCAAGAAGUUUGGUGGUCGUGGAGCUCGUGCUCGUUUCCAGAAGUCUUACCGUUGAGAGGAGAAGAGUAAGGGAACGGAGAAUGAAAGCGGAGAGGUUUUCAUCUCUUUUACAUUUUGCUUGCGUUAUAUUUUAGUUGCAGCAUUGCUGAACAGGUUUAUAAUGUUGGUCACUGUUUUUGUUUUAUUGAGAUAUUUGCAAAAACCCUAGCAGUUCGGAUGGUAAGUAUUUUUGUUUGUGAUGGGAAAUCGUCCAUCAUUCUUCUUUAUGGUUGAAUUGUGGUUUAGAGAUUUGAAUUUAAAUAGAAAUUUACUACUGUUUGUGCA